AUGCAGCCCACGACGCUCGAGCCCACGCCUCUGUCCAGCGACAAUGGUCCCUUGAAAUCUGCGUUUGGAGAGAUUGUCCAUCGCGGCUGGCUGAACCUCAAGACCCGCAGUCUAGUGAACGUGCGGCCGCGCCACAUGCGCUACUGCAUUUUAACGCGCGAUACGCUGCUGCUGUGCACGUACAAGUUCCAGCCUAGUACAGGCGACCUCGAGUCUGGUCUUGUCAAGCCUUUGCGAAGCUAUAAGGUUCUUGGGGUGGCGCCCUGGGAUGGUCGUCGCUUUGCUUUUCUCGUGAGCGUCAAGCAAGUGGACGAUAGCGCGGACAAAGUAUUGGAAAUUGACGGCCCUACUGCCACGGCUGCUAGUGAUUGGAUCCACAACUUGAGAGUAUUGACGAGUCGUGAAGAAGGAUGGCCUCUGAACACGUCGUUGGCUCGAAGAAGGGGGAGUGACCACGGCCCCGUGUUGGACUCGCCAUCACGUGCUGCCACUACGGCUGCGCAUGACAAAAAAGAACCCAACUUGUGGAUUAAAGGGGCGUCGGUGCACCGAGGACUACUAAAUGCUUCUGGUGAAAACAAUUGCUUCUUGAAUGUGGUGAUCCAGAGCUUCUGGCAUUUGACGUCCAUGCGACACUUUUUACUGCACGUGGAAGUAAAGGAGGAGUCUCGUUCCGUCGAGUCGAACGUGCUACGUGCAUUGAAAUCCAUGAUAACAGAGUAUGAUGACACGUCUAGUGGAGCGCUCCACUCGCGCGCUGUUCGCAAAGGAUUGAGCGUGCUGUACUCGGCAGACAAGAACUUCCAAGAAGGGGCAAUGUAUGAUGCGGAGGAGACGCUCCUUGCUCUGCUCAACUUGAUGCAUCAGCAGACAGAAGCGACGGAGAUCCAGGAGACGCACAAAACGACGAUGAUGGUGAAGUCCUUGGUUCGACUUGUGAGUGCCGACGCGGAUGAGGAGAAUUGUCAAGCAGGCUUUGACGACAAUAGCAUCCCGCAUCUGGUCUUUUCACACCAGAUAUACGACCGGUAUGUGUGCGGACGUUGCAAUUACAGCUCACCAUGGGACCUGUACUCUAAUCUCGUGUACUCGACGUACGCGAGCGACUUGUAUACGAGCAAGUACGAAUUUAUGGAGCAAAUGUUUCGUCGGUUUACAGCUCAGGAGGCAGACGUUGCGUCUAAGUGCGAGCAAAAGGGAUGCAGCGGCAAGCUCGGUAAGGAGCGGAUAAUCCGUCGUUUUCCCAUGGUGUUUGCAGUGUCAAUACUUUGGGCAACUCAGAAUGCAACAAAGGCACAAGUGGAGGGUGUGUUGAGCAAUAUUGGCGAUCGCUUGGAUUUAGCCAAGUGCUUCAAUGCUGCUGGACCUGUCCUUCGUUUUAAAAGCGGUGGAUUUCGUACAACAUACCGCUUGCGCGGUUUUGUUUGUUACUAUGGGCGUCAUUACGUGGCUCUGUUCUACAGCACUGCGCACAAAAUGUGGUUGCUUUUUGACGACUCGCGCGUGCUCGAGAUAGGUUCAUGGGGCGACGUCGUCAGUGAAUGUCUGAAGGGACGAUUUCAACCAGUUUUGCUGUUCUACGAGCUUCCGGAUCAACGGAGAGAUUCAUCCGUAGGCCUUCUUGCAAAUCAUGGGUCGCUGAACGUUCUUUCGCAGACAAGCAUGUCGGGCGUCCCUCAGUCGGGUGAGAUGCUGCCCUUGUCUAUCAAGGAAGAAUUGUCAGAAACUGGGCGACCAUCGUUGCGACGGCACAAUGACGUAGAACCUGACAGCAUGGAUGAAGGUAUACCGCUGUCGAGGAGGCAUGGGAUGAACGGCAUAACAGAGUUGGAACCGAACCCAGACUUUGAGCUGAAACAGCUGAGCCUCCGUGACUCGGUAAUGCAGAACAUUACGCCGGUGUCAGCAGCCAUUGCGAUGUGCCCUCGUUCCAUUUCCAUGAACGCACCUCUGGGUGUGGACGAGUACGAUGUGCACUUCGGGGAGUCACUCUUGCUCGGUAUGUACUUACAAAAGAUAGAGAACGAGUUGUGCGUGACCACAUUCCCGCGUGGAGUCAACGGGGGUAUGUUUGGCGCCGAAAAGUGCGGUCAGAUUGGUCUUUUUGAUACCAUCCUGCAGGCGAAUGGACACCCGCUUCAACACUACCAAGUCGAUCGCGCUCUUAAGAUGAUUAAGGCCCAGAAGCGUCCGCUGGUGAUCCGGUUUCGCAGGUCCAAACGUGUGCAACAGCUACUCGACAUGGGCUUCUCGCGCGAACUUGCACUAGAUGCGUUGCGGAGGAAGAGUGGUGACGUACAGGCAGCCGCCAAUUACUGCUUUGAAACGAAAAGCUAG